CUUCGGGGUCCCGCCUCUCCUUCUCUAUUGGCGAGCGGGUGGAAGGAAAGGUGACGUCAUCGGUAGAGUCCCCCGUACCGGAAUCCUAUUGGUGUGAGCGGUCCCGGCGGGCCGGCGGUGGCUCCUGUUCCCAGGGAGGAAAGUGUGAAGAUGGCGAAGACGUACGACUACCUGUUCAAACUGCUGCUGAUAGGGGACAGCGGGGUGGGGAAGACGUGCCUGCUCUUCAGGUUCAGCGAAGACGCCUUCAACACCACCUUCAUCUCCACCAUCGGUAUUGAUUUUAAAAUCCGAACUAUAGAAUUAGAUGGAAAGAAGAUUAAACUUCAGAUAUGGGACACAGCGGGCCAGGAGAGGUUCCGGACUAUCACCACAGCAUAUUAUAGAGGAGCUAUGGGUAUUAUGCUGGUGUAUGAUAUCACCAAUGAGAAAUCUUUUGACAACAUUAAAAACUGGAUAAGGAACAUUGAGGAGCACGCUUCAUCUGAUGUAGAACGGAUGAUUCUUGGCAAUAAGUGUGACAUGAACGACAAAAGACAAGUGUCACGAGAGAGGGGAGAGAAACUUGCUAUUGAUUAUGGAAUCAAGUUCCUUGAGACGAGUGCAAAAUCUAGCAUCAAUGUGGAGGAGGCAUUUUUUACUCUUGGUCGAGACAUCAUGACAAAACUUAACAGAAAAAUGAACGAAAGCAGCUCCCCGAGUGGAGGAGGUCCAGUAAAAAUUACAGAGAAGUCAUCAAAGAAGAGCAGUUUCUUUCGUUGUGUGUUACUUUGAUGAACUGUAGCACAUGGAAGAAAGGAGAUGGACUGUGGCACACCUGAUCGACUGGCUUCUUGCCAAGCACAGGUGCUGCAAAGGCCUCUGGGGGAAAAACAUGCAGUUUGCUGAAAGCGCCAGAUAUGAGACAGUUGCCGACAUGGAUUUCUGGAGUGGAAGAUUAUUGUGGGAAGCCUUUUCAUACACUUUGAAAGAAAACGGGAACAAACAGACGAGUGUAAACUUCUUUCCUUUUUUUUUU